UUUUCCCGAAAUCUUGACCUGAAUACAAGUUUCACCAGUAAAACCGUAGAAACAUAUGAAUAUCAUACAACCGCAACUUGGAAGUACUGAUCAAAAAAUGUUUUGUUUCUUUUUAAAAUUCUUUUGAAAAAACUUACUUUUUAAAAUCUUUCUGUUGUGGGGACUUAGCUGCACUUCUUCUGCACCGUGAGGGUGUGCAUAGUACGCUUUCUCAGAGCACGAUCACUGAUGCACAGUUGGAUCAUGGAUGAAAGUGAGAAACCUGUAACAGUGGAUGGUACAUCGGGUAGUGAGAAUGGAAGUGAUCAGCCGAAUCCAAAUCUAGGACUUCUCAGUUCCAUGAUUUUCCGGAGUCUCAAACGUACACACGAGUGUUUUGCCACGGAAAACUUUGGCCCCCCUUCAACGUUGCGGAGCUGUGAUCAAGUACUGAUGAAUAUCAAAGCUCGGGAUCAACUUGGGUAUAUCAAGGACAUUGUUGAUGAAGAAAAGAGGAAAAAAGGAAUCGCUGCUGAUAAGGACGAUGGAUCAGAAUUUGAGUUCGGAGCCAUGCCGCCUCCUCAGUCUGCAUUCGAGAAAAGCAGGCAAGGAAGAGACGGAGAUGCUAUGGCUCUGGUGCCCGUCAAGUCAGGAGUAGCCGAUUCUUCCUCUCAUGUUACAGCCGCGCUCAUUACUUCGGAAGGUCAACAGGUAGCCAUAUCCCAUCGUGGACCUAUGAUGCCCAAGCCCAAGUGGCAUCCCCCUUGGAAACUGACUCGAGUAAUUGCCGGCCACUAUGGAUGGGUACGCUGCUUGACAGUUGAACCAGAAAAUCAGUGGUUCGCUACUGGUGCUGCGGAUCGUUUAAUAAAAAUUUGGGACCUGGCUACUGCGGAAUUGAAGUUGACAUUAACGGGUCAUAUUAGUGCGGUGCGUGGACUGGAAGUUAGCAACAGAAUGCCUUACUUGUUUUCGUGUGGAGAAGACAAAACUGUAAAAUGUUGGGAUUUAGAGUAUAACAAGGUCACACGACAUUACCACGGCCACCUGAGCGCUGUAUAUGCUAUUUCCUUACAUCCCACUGUUGAUAUAUUCGUUACCUGCGGACGUGAUUCAGUAGCAAGGGUUUGGGACAUCAGAACUAAGGCGGGAGUUCAUGUACUGUCAGGUCACACGAAUACGGUAUCCGAUGUCCGCUGUCAAGCCGCGGAGCCCCAGGUCAUCACAUCCAGUCAUGAUAGUACAGUUCGACUCUGGGAUCUACGUAUGGGACGCACGCAAGCCACUUUGACACACCAUAAGAAGAGUGUGCGGGCUCUAACGUUGCAUCCAAAAUUAUACAUGUUCGCCUCAGCUUCAGCCGAUAAUAUUAAAGAAUGGCUUUGUCCUGAUGGGAAGUUUGUUCAGAAUUUGAGUGGUCACAAUGCCAUCAUCAACAGUCUGGCUUGCAACGAAGAAGGUGUUCUUGUGUCCACAGCCGAUAACGGAACAAUGAACUUCUGGGAUUGGAGAACGGGUUACAAUUUCCAGAAGCAUAAGACCCUUCCCCAACCCGGAUCCAUUGAAAGCGAAGCCGGCAUUUUCGUAUGUGGAUUUGAUCACAGUGGAAGUCGAUUGCUCACUGGAGAAGCAGACAAAACAAUAAAAGUGUACAAAGAAGAUGAGAGUGCUACCGAAGAAACGCAUCCGAUCAGCUGGAAACCCGAUAUCAUUCGCGGCGCAGCAAAGUUUUGAUGGAACGUGAUCAAGAACAUAAUCUGGGGUAUUUUCUUCUGUGUAAUCGAUCUUUUUAUUUGUUGUUGCUUUGCAUUAACUAAAUGUUUCUGUUAGCGAUGUACUACUUGUUGUUUUGUUAAGGUGUAGUAUUUGAUCUCGUACGAUGUAUUGCUGCACUGGUGAAACUAAACAAAAAAAACUAGAUUUG